AUGUCCGAAGAAGCGCCACGAAAGCGGUCGCGCUUCGAUCAAACUGAACCAGAACCCCGAAAGGCUUCGCGAUUCGAUCGACGGUCUCGAUCUCCUGCAUCCAGACAUAGCGAAAGCAGACGAAGUCGAAGUCCGUUGGAUAAAGACCGCCAGAGUCCUGCUGGAGAGAAGCGGAACACUCCUCUUGACCCUGCUGCUGCUGCAGCUGCGGCAGCUGCCAAAAUCAACGCGGAACUACAAGCGCGCAAAGGAAUUCAACAUGUUGACGUACCUCCCAUCCGAUCUUCCACUACACCCACGCCGGCGCCGAAGCCUUCAACCCCUACCUCUGCCCAGAAUACCAGCAGAGUCGACGGAGAGAUCUAUGUUGCGGAUGGCGACUACAUCAAAGACAUUGAAAUCAAUGAUCUACGUAAUAAAUACACCUUGACCAGGGGUUCGGCACAAAAGAUGAUCAAAGACGAAACUGGUGCCGACGUCACAACUCGUGGUUCUUAUUUCCCGGAUAAAAGCAUGGCAACCGCCGCGAACCCACCUUUGUACCUGCAUGUUACCAGCACUACCAAAGCAGGCCUGGAAAAGGCUGUCGCAAAGAUCGAGGAGCUUAUGAAACAAGAACUACCGAACCUGGUGGAUGAAAGACGUUUCAAACGCAGAGAACCAGAACAAUUUGAGCGCGAUGAAUUCGGAAGGCGGAAAUGGCCCGAAGAGCGCAUCCCUCUCGACAUGGAAAAUAUCCCUGGUUUCAACCUACGUGCCCAGGUAGUUGGCCAAGGGGGUGCCUACGUCAAACACAUUCAACAGGAGACCGGCUGUCGUGUACAAAUUAAAGGCCGUGGCAGCGGUUUUAUGGAACACAGCACCGGGCAGGAAGCUGACGAGCCAAUGUAUCUUCAUGUUGCGGGGCCCCAGCCCCAACAAGUGCAGAAGGCUAAGGAGCUUUGUGAGGACCUCCUAACCAACGUUCGUCAGAAUUAUGAACACUUCAAAGCGAACCCACCGCCUCAGCGGUUGGAAUCAUACACUGAUGGAUAUGGUGCUGAUGCUAAUCGCCAUCACUAUGGUGGUGGCUACGGACGAGAUCGAAACCGCGAAGACAGCUAUUCACAUUCACAUUCGGCCAGCUACAAUUUUCCAUAUUCAGCGGCGACGCCCGCAACCCCGGCACCUGGCACCGCAGGUUCUCCUACCGACUACUCAGCACAAUGGGCUCAAUAUUAUGCCAGUCAACCUGGUGGGGACCCAUAUGCCGCUUAUGGUGGUUAUCAGAACUACGUGGCCUACUAUCAAUAUUAUCAACAGCAAGCCGCUGCCGGACAACAACAGUCCCCUCCACCGCCUCCGGCAACCGACUCCAGUGCAGCUCCGCCACCUCCUCCCCCGGCUUCAGACAAUUCAGGGGCACCGCCUCCACCACCUCCUACCGGAGGUUACUCCGCUGUUCCACCUCCUCCAGGACUGUGA